CGUAGUCCCAAAGGAAGUGCAUCAUCUCUCUCUCUCUGUCUCUCUCUCUCACCUCGGAAGAAAGGUUCUUUUCUCAGCCAUGCGUCCACCGCGGAAAAGGGUGGAUUUUGGAAGAGGAGACAAAGUUGAAGUAUGCAGCAAAGAAGAGGGUUUUAUAGGUUCCUAUUACGAGGCGACGGUCGUGUCCCACCUAGACAACGGUCUUUAUGUCGUACGCUACGAUACCCUUCUUCAAGACGAUGAGUCUCAACCCUUAACAGAAACCCUUUUCCCGAAAGAGCUUCGUCCUUCACCGCCACGUGUCCAAGUUUCCCACUUCUCUCUCUACCAGUGCGUGGAUGCCUUCGACAACGAUGGCUGGUGGGUGGGUCAGAUCACCGGCAAAAGAGGGUCAUCCCACUAUUACGUUUACUUCGCUACCACCAAUGAAGAGAUUGCGUACCCUUCUUCUAAGAUCAGGCUUCAUCACGAGUGGCUUCAGGGCGAAUGGGUCUUGUCCAAUUCCUGAUCAUUUUCGUUUUCUUGGGGGUUUCAUUUAGUCAUGUCAUUCAGAUUGCCCUCUAAUUCAUCAUCAUCAUGUUCUGUUAUCACUAGCUUUGUAAUGUUUGCUCCUUGUUCCGAUGUGUAAUUGUGUUCACAAUUCCCUAUAGCAAUCCUUUUAAUCCAAUGC